AUGUACGAAGGACAUCUGGAAUCUGUUUUACGGUGUGGACGUUGCAAUAAACCUUUCGAUAAGGUCUCUCCGUCGGUGCCAGGUAUUCCAGGGGUUGAAAAUUUUCUAGAAGGGAACAACGACGGUGAUAUGCCUCUCGAUAGGGCCCUAAUGAUCGCAGACACCGAAUCCACCGCUCUUGAAGGGAGAUACGGUGAUGAGAUCGUACUGGACCUUGAUUUCACUAAUUUCCUAAAUACGCAUAUAGAUGACGAUAACAUGCAAUAUACUGCAUCAGGGUCGUCAUCUUUCGUUUAUCACUCCACAUCUUCGGCCGAUGGAAUAGUUCCAGAACACCACCCUGGAUCUUCUCCAAAUCUAUCCAUACCACCAGGACCAACUCAAUUUAUCAGAUCGCUUGUCCAGCGGCCAUAUAUGGGAGCCGGGGCCCACAGAAUCGCAAAGCUCAUACUCCACAAUCUCAGAUCCUAUCCCCAGAUGGUGCUGCGUCACAACACACUUCCGCCCUUUAUCCAUCCCUCUGUGGUAUCUUCCGAUUUUGGUAACCCUGAUCCGGAGUCACUAACCAAUUGUAUUGCUCUUGUACAUAUGAUCGGUAGCGGGAUCCAAGCGACUCGAAAACUGUUCUGGAAGAAUGUACGGAUGGAAUGUGAACGGUUAUGCGAAGAGUGCCAGAAGUUAAAUAAGUGGGAACUGCUGGCUGCCAUGCAAGCCCUCUCCAUUUAUAUCAUCAUCCGAUUAGAUGAGGGUGAGACGGAUUACAAUAACUUUGAUGUCCUGUUACUCAACACGAUUACAACCUUUACUACCAGAGGCUCGGCAAAUUGGGAAAGGUGGUGCUCGGGGAUGGAUGGCCUUGGCGGUCUUGUAAUGCUUGCUGCUUCUUUAAUAGGGUAG